ACCUUUCUGGUGGGUGUGUUUUCGUUAUUGGGGGGCUUAGCAUAGACAUACUAUAUUGCACAUUGUACUUUCCUCUAUCUUCGUCUGGUUUCUUGUUAAUUAAUUGGGCAAUUCUUUUCUUCUCAAUUAAUGGAUUGAGGCCUAAGGCUUCCAAACAUUUAAUAUCCUCCUGCAUAUUCAUAACUUGUAUAGAAUUACUUCAUCCAAAAGAAGAAGAUAAUUAUUACGGCACAAAUUAGGCAUAAAACACAAAAAGCAUCUAAUAAAAACGCGCUCAGAAAAACUAAGCAAAAUCAGUACGUCAAUUACAUCCCCCUCCUAUAUACCGCCUCCAAACGCCUCCGCCUCGACCGAUCCCAUCUGAUCGACCACCUACACCGCCCCAGAUCAGACGGCCGCCAAGCACCAGGCACAACCGGCCAUGGCGCUCCGGCAGCUCUGCCUCUGCGGCCUGUGCGUGCUCCUCCUCCUCCAGGCCGUCCCGUCCGCCUGCGGCGGCCGCAGCCCCCCGCAGCCGUGCUACAAGACGGUGACGGGCGUGCCGAGCUGGUGCGCGGGGGAGUUCAUCCUGGCGCUCUUCGACGACGUCAAGAACCACCCCAUCAAGGAGUACUGCUGCGUGCAGCUCGCCUGCGUCGGCGAGCCAACGUGCGCCUCCGUGCUCCGCGGCGUCUGCCCGCCCCCGAAGCAGUAUCUGCCGUGCCCGCCGCACCAAUACACGUAGCCCAUAUACAUAUAUACAUACAAGCGUGCGUGUGUGUGAUGUGAUCUGCAAUUCGACCGUAAUUUGUCGUGCCUGGAGGUUGUGCGCGGAACUGUAAUAAUCGAUAUGCAGUCCUUUGUUCUGGGACUGGACAGUGCGCUCACUUUGUGGUUCCUGGUCUUUUACAACGGUCAUAGUUCCGGUUACAGAA